AUGGGUUGGAGUAGUGAUAAUCUCUUUGGUGGAUAUGGUGGAUAUGGUGGAUUUCCAUAUGGAGGAUAUGGUGGAUACGGUGGAGGAUAUGGAGGAUACGGUGGAUACGGUGGAGGAUAUGGUGGAUACGGUGGAGGAUAUGGUUAUGGAGGCUUUGGUGGAUUUCCAUAUGGUGGAGGUUAUGGAUAUGGAUGCAAUAGUUCAGUUCCGUAUGGACAGUGUCUUGCUUGGCUCACCGUUAGGGAUUCAUCGGCUCUGCAUUAA